AUGGGGGCUCACGAUAUCGGAUCACUUCUCCUCCAUCCUGUAAAGACCACAGCAGUUCCCACGCCAAGCCAUAAUGGCAACACGGCCUCGACCUCCUCCGGAGAGCAGAUUCUCGACGAGUUAGACGACUUCCCAGGCACAGGGGAAUUACACAGCAUAUCCUCAGACAAAGACAACAAAUUGCCCUCCACUAAGGGAGACAUAAAAGCCCCCCUAUGUAAUAUCUGCUCCCUCUUCACGGCGGACAUAGCAGUUCUGAGGGAGGAGAUCCUCACCAUGGAGACAGAGGUGGACUCGCAAGGCCUCACCGUGUGGUGCAUACAAUUGGAGGAUCAAAACGUAGAGUUACAACGUAACCAGACCCUGCUCACCACCCGCCUGGAUGCGGUGGAGGACCGACACAGAAUCCGUAACAUAAAAAUAAAAGGGGUCCCCGAAACAGUGACCCAGGACGAUCUACCUUGGUAUAUCGGACGAUUCCUCACCUCCUUACUCACGCCACAACAGACAAAGACGGUCCUAACAGACGGGGUCUACCGAAUCCCGAGGGACGCCAGAGCCCCAGCAGACAUACCGAGAGACGUAAUCCUCCAAUUUCAAUCACAGUCGUGCCAAACAACUCUCAUGGCGGUGGUGAGGGGGAAGGCCACCCACCUCUUCGAGAUAGCCAACCUGUCAUUCUUUCAGGACCUAUCUAGGCCUACGCUGCUAUGGAGGGCCCUCCUCAAACCCCUGACUGUCGCUCUCCGCCAAAACACAAUCCCGUACCCUUGGGCAUUCCCCAGAAGCCUGAUCAUCACCCACAGGGGCGCAAUUGAGUCUAUUUCCGACCCCCCGCCACGACAGGAACAAGCCACCACUGAUCAGAGGCCAAAGUCCCACCACACCUGGGAUGUAGCAAACGUCAGACUGUUUCAGCCUGCAAACACCACCUCGUCCUCCACUGCUUAUAAGGCGCAGCGGAUAAACCGACACCUAGCGGACACUUGA